AUGCCUAAGGGAAGACUAGAAAUCCUGAUCUCCUGGUUUGCAGUCCAUCACCUUCACCACUACAUCAACGUGCUAAUUUUAACACAUACACUCAUUUUUUGUUCCUACCCUGCCUGCUGUCUCCACCCCAGAAUUCUAGAAAGGAAGCAGCCUGGUGGGGAGACCAUCGAGCUGACAGAAGAGGGGCGGCCUGUUGAAGUGUCUGAGAAGGCCCAGCCCAUCAUAGACUGCACCUGCUUUGGCCUCCCUCGCCGUUACAUCAUUGCUAUCCUCUGUGGUCUGGGUUUCUGCAUCAGCUUUGGCAUCCGAUGCAACCUGGGCGUGGCCAUUGUCAGCAUGGUUAAUAAUAAUACCGUCUAUGAAGGGGAUAAAGUCAUUGUGAAGAAAGCUGAAUUCAACUGGGAUCCAGAGACAGUAGGCAUGAUCCACGGAUCAUUCUUCUGGGGUUACAUCGUCACCCAGAUCCCAGGGGGGUUCAUAUCACAGAAAUUUGCAGCUAACAGAGUUUUUGGCUUUGCCAUUGUGGCAACCUCUACUUUGAACAUGCUCAUUCCCUCAGCUGCUCGGGUCCAUUUUGGCUGUGUAAUCUUUGUGAGGAUCUUACAAGGGCUUGUUGAGGGAGUCACAUACCCAGCAUGCCAUGGUAUCUGGAGCAAGUGGGCACCUCCUUUGGAACGUAGCCGCCUGGCCACAACAGCUUUCUGUGGCUCUUAUGCCGGGGCGGUGGUGGCCAUGCCUCUUGCUGGGAUCCUAGUUCAAUAUUCAGGAUGGAGCUCUGUAUUCUACGUCUAUGGGAGCUUUGGUGUUUUCUGGUAUAUAUUCUGGCUGAUGGUUUCCUAUGAGAGUCCUGCACAGCACCCCACCAUUACGGAGGAAGAGAAGAAGUAUAUAGAGGAAAGCAUCGGAGAGGGUGCCAGCCUUAUGAAUCCCCUUAUGAAAUUCAAAACUCCAUGGCGUCAGUUCUUCACAUCCAUGCCUGUUUAUGCCAUAAUUGUAGCCAAUUUUUGCAGAAGCUGGACAUUUUAUUUACUUUUAAUCAGCCAGCCAGCCUAUUUUGAAGAAGUCUUUGGCUUUGAAAUCAGUAAGGUGGGGAUGCUUUCUGCUUUGCCCCACUUGGUUAUGACCAUCAUUGUACCCAUUGGAGGCCAAAUUGCCGACUUCUUGCGCUCGCGAAGACUUAUGUCUACCACCAACGUCCGCAAGAUGAUGAACUGUGGGGGGUUUGGCAUGGAAGCCACGUUGCUCUUAGUAGUUGGUUAUUCCCACAGCAAAGGGAUGGCGAUUUCUUUUCUCGUCCUGGCUGUGGGCUUCAGUGGCUUUGCUAUUUCAGGAUUCAAUGUCAAUCAUUUAGAUAUUGCCCCUCGAUACGCCAGUAUCUUGAUGGGAAUCUCCAACGGUGUGGGGACUCUGUCAGGUAUGGUGUGCCCACUCAUUGUUGGAGCAAUGACUAAACAUAAGACACGAGAAGAAUGGCAGUAUGUUUUCCUCAUUGCCUCUCUAGUACAUUAUGGUGGUGUCAUCUUCUACGGGAUUUUUGCUUCUGGAGAGAAGCAGCCCUGGGCUGAGCCAGAAGAAUUGACUGAAGAGAAAUGUGGCUUCAUCAACGAGGAUGAAUUAGCUGACGAGGAAGAUGAAGCUGCCCGCAUGGGAGCAGGGGCAGGCAGUGGUGGCUAUGGGGCCACCAAAAGUACCAGUUUUGCCAAUGGAGGUUGGACGGCUGACUGGGACAAAAAGGAGGAAUAUAUACAGGAGCCUGGGAAAGAUUCCUAUAUGUAUGGCGUGCCAGAACAACGAGACUUGUCAUAG